UCUUGUACAUCAAGAUACGAUUCUUCCAAGAUCCUCCAAGAACCACCGCUCUCUCUCUCUCUCUCCACAUUCUUGUUGAAUCGUUACUUCUUGGUCACAAGGGGCUUUGAAGGAAGAGGAAGAUGCACAGGUCGGCGAGCUUGUCGAGAACGUCGGACGAGUUCGUCAUUAGCAUAUCGCCGGCGGCAAAGGGAUCCCCCAUGAAGCCAUACGUCAUCACCCCGAUCAGCAGCGCCAACAAUGGCGGCCAGGAGGACGACGACCAUAGCAGCGGGUACGUCCUCCCCGUCUCGGACGCGGGGGACCUCAUGUCCAAGAAAGAGUGCCACGCGCCGUCGCAGUCGUCUGGUGGUCUUCUCCGGCCUGACAGGGCCGUCCAUCUCAUCCCCUUCGUCAUCCUCUUCUGCGCUUUCGUUCUCUGGCUCUUUUCCUCGCCACCCGAUGGGACUUUGGUCGGUCGGGCAAAGUCUAUGACUGGAUCAAGUGGCAUCGCGGUGAUGGAAGGGGCGGCCAACAGAACAAGAACGGUAGACAUGGAUGGCCAAAAUGCUGAUGCCGGCGAGCAUGAACAAUUCGGCAGGCGAGCAUGGACCAAGUUCGGCUUCGAUGGGCGCAAGGUUGAGCAUGGGCUGCAGCCGGAGAUUGGUGAAAACAUGAAGGACGAAGGCGGUGACCAUGUGAACUUGGACAGGCUGAGAGUGGGUGCAGUCGAGAGGAAUAAACAUGAAGGCCAGAGAAGUUAGUCACCGUUCUGCUGCUAAGAAAGAAGUUGGUGGUGCUGACAAUGGGCGGAAGGAAGUCAUGUUGCCGCAAAAUGGUGGGGAGAAUAUACACUAGUUGUGAACCAUGUCGAUGUUGGUGUUGUAUUUCACAUAGCACAC